AAAUGGAGGCGACGGAGGACAUCGCCUUCUCUCUCUCUCUCUCUCUCUCUCCUUCCUUUUUGCUUUUCUCCGUUAUGAUGAUGUUUUCGGGUGGCUUCCACUCCGACUCCCCGCCACUUCUCCAGUUCCCCUAAUGCCCUACGGGCGGACCGAUUCCUCUCGUCCACUUCCUGGAUUUUCUGCCAUGGCUGAUACACAGUCUGUUGCUACACUCAUCGAAUCUACAACAUCGAAAAUACAGCAACUGCAGCACGCUUUUGCUGAACUUGAAAGCCAUAGUGCCAUAUCUUUGAACUUGAAAUGGAAAGAGCUUGAAGUACACUUUCAUGGGCUUGAGAAUUCACUAAAGAAAAGAUUUCAUGCAUUGGAAGACCAGGAAAAGGACUAUGUAAGUAAGGUCACAGAGGCCCAAGAGAUGCUGGAGAAGCGGGAAGCAGUGGUUGUGGCCAAGGAACUUACUUUGUUGGAGCGGCUGCAGGAGAAAAGAGAUGCUGCCUUGUUUGCUAUAUUUGAGAAGCAAAAAUGUGCUCCUUCAGAGCCCAUCAUUAAUGGCAUGAGUAGUGGUGUGCCUGAUUCUGUUGUUGAAGAAAAUUUAGAUGUUAAGGUUGUCAAAUCUUUCUCUGAAGAUGUGAAUCCUGCUGAAAAUGGCAAUGCAGAUGCCAAGCCUCAUUCUGAGUUAAUGAAAUUGUGUGAAGAAAUGGAUGCAGAAGGACUCCAGAAGUUCAUUUCAGAUAAUCGUAAGAACCUCAGUUCCAUACGUGAGGAAAUCCCAAGUGCAUUAAAAAGUGCAGCCAACCCUUUCAGUCUGGUUUUGGAUUCCCUAAAAGAUUUUUACUCUGGAGAGAUUUUAGGAUUAGAUGGGAAGAAGGAUGGGAAUCUUUUGGGCCUACGUAGGACUUGUCUCAUGCUAAUGGAGUCUCUUGAGCAACUGCAGGCAGAUUCUGUAUUGGUUUCCCUCUCUAAUAAUCAAAUGCUGACAUUAGAAAUUAGAGAACGAGCAAAGGUGAUUGCUACAGAAUGGAAACCAAAGUUGAAUGAUCUUGACGUUGAUGCAAGCAGUGGGAACUCAUUGGAAGCUCACGCAUUUCUCCAGCUUUUGGCUACUUUUGGAAUUGCUUCUGAAUUUGAUCGAGAUGAAAUAUGCAAACUGAUCCCAGCAGUCACCCGGCGCCGUCAAGCGGUUGAUCUAUGUCGUUCACUUGGGUUGUCACAUAAAAUGCCAGGUGUGAUCGAAGUGCUUUUGAAUAGUGGAAGGCAAAUUGAGGCUGUUAAUUUGGCAUAUGCAUUUGAGCUAACAGAGCAAUAUGCACCUGUGCCAUUACUGAAAGCAUAUUUGAAGGAAGCAAGGAAGGUGUCACAAAUCAAAGCUGGAAAUAUGUCUCCUGGUGCACAGAAUGAAACAAAUGAACGUGAGCUUUCUGCCCUUAAAGCUAUCAUGAAGUGUAUUGAGGAGCACAAGCUUGAGGAGCAAUACCCAACCGAUCCACUUCAGAAAAGAAUACUCCAGCUAGAGAAGGCUAAGGCUGACAAGAGGAGAGCUGCUGAAGGUGCAAAGCCACAGUCGAAGAGGCCCCGUGCCAAUGGCACUACUUACGCUCCUCGUGUGACCAGCAUUCCAGACAAGAGCUUCUAUCGAGCGCCCCCUGAGAGAUACCCAUAUCCAUAUGACAGGCAGUAUGUGUAUCCAGCUGAAACCCAUCAUCCUGCACUGAUGGGUUCUGCUCCCUAUACCAUAUCUCCGACUCAUACAACGUACUAUGGAAAUGGCUACCAGGUCCAGUACCAGACCGCUUAUUUACACUAAAUGGAGAAGGUGCUGGUGUUCAUGAUCUUUCCUAACUGCUAGCUUUUAACCCAUCGGGUGCUGCAAUGUAUGGAUUAACUGAAGUCUUUAAGUAGCUCAAAAGUAGUCUGUUCCUUGUGUUAAUAAGUGUUUGUCCGUUGUGAGUUGUGAAAAGCCUACGUUCUUAGCCUUCUGGCUGAUGACAUUUUUCUUCUGAUGUUUAGUUGUGACUUACUUAUAUCUUAUGUUCUAUUCCCGGUGGUUCCAAGAU